GGCCCUGGAUCCUGACCCCAUUCCCUAAAGAGAACUAAAUUUAAAGCUUCUCUAUUCAUCCCUCUCUGAUUUCCAUGCCCAGGGCUUCCAGUUCCCAGAGAAGAUGUGAUCUUUUAUUGUGAGCAAAGACAAGUACCUUGGAUGCUGGACCAAGAAGGGCUGAGGAGCUGCUCUCCAGAGCAAGAAAUCAGACUUGAAAUGAAAGACACUCCUGAGGAGAUAAGCCUUUCUGUGCUAGAACUUUACAAGCCAAGAAUGAGAAAUCACUAUGACAUUACUUGCAAAGAAAUCUGUGCUUCACAUGAGAAAAUCCACACUGGCAAAAAAUCUUAUGAAUAUAACCAAUGUGGAAAGGGUUGUAGAGAAAGGAUAACCCUUGGGAUACAGCAGAGAAUCCACACUGAAGAAAAACCUUAUGAAUAUAACCAGUGUGGAAAGACUUUUAGAUAUGAGGGAGUUCUUAUUAUACAGCAGAGAAGCCAUGCUGGGAAGAAACCUUAUGAAUGUAACCAGUGUGGAAAAACUUUUAGACAAAAGUCACAUCUUAAUGAACAUCAGAGAAUCCACUCUGGAGAGAAACCUUAUGAAUGUAACCAAUGUGGAAAAACUUUUAGACAAAAGUCACAUCUUAAUGUACAUCAGAGAAUUCACUCUGCAGAGAAACCUUAUGAAUGUAAUCAAUGUGGAAAGACUUUUAGUCUAAAGGGAAAUCUUACUGUACAUCAGAGAAGCCACACCGGGGAGAAAGCUUAUGAAUGCAACCAAUGUGGUAAGACUUUUAGAGUAAAGGGAUAUCUUACUAAACAUCAAAGAAUCCACACUGGAGAGAAACCUUAUGGAUGUACCCAAUGUGGAAAAGCUUUUAGAGACAAGGGAGAUCUUACUGAACAUCAGAGAAUCCACUGUGGAGAGAAACCUUAUGAAUGUAAUCAAUGUGGAAAGACUUUUAGUCUAAAGGGAAAUCUUACUGUACAUCAGAGAAGCCAUGCCGGGGAGAAACCUUAUGAAUGCAACCAAUGUGGAAAGACUUUUAGACAAAAAGAAUAUCUUACUGUACAUCAGAGAAUCCACACUGGAGAGAAACCUUAUGCAUGUAACCACUGUGGAAAGGCUUUUAGACUAAAGGGAAAUCUUACUAAACAUCAGAGAAGUCAUGCUGGGGAGAAACCUUAUGAAUGUAACCAAUGUGGAAAGACUUUUAGACAAAAAGAAUAUCUUACUGUACAUCAGAGAAUCCACACUGGAGAGAAACCUUAUAAAUGUAACCAAUGUGGAAAAUCUUUUAGAAGCAAGGAAGGUUUUAUUGGACAUCAGAGAAUCCACACUGGGGAGAAACCUUAUGAAUGUAACCAAUGUGGAAAGACUUUUAGAUAUAAGGGAGCUCUAACAGUACAUCAGAGAAUCCAUACUGGAGAAAAGCCUUACAAAUGUGACCAAUGUGGAAAGACUUUUAGACAAAAGGGAUUUCUUACUGUACAUCAGAGAAUCCACUCUGGAGAGAAACCUUAUGAAUGUGACCAAUGUGGAAAGACUUUUAGACAAAAGGGAAGUCUUAUUGGACAUCAGAUCAGCCAUACUGGAAAAAAAAAUAAGUAAUGAAUAUGGAAAGGGUUUUGUAGAAAAUUCUGAUUGAUUUUUCCACAUUUGUAAGGACAUAUAAAGGAA